AUGCAGGCCGUUAAAAUUACUGCGUUUCUCGCUCCUCUGCUAUUCCCAUUCCAAGGUGUACAAGCAUCAUUAUAUGGAGAGAGUAGCUUCAAUCAUACCUGUGAAUUAAAAACGCCCUAUCUCUCCUGUUCCAAGAAUGCCUCUCCAGACCUCACCGAUUCCUGCUGUACCGAGACCUUUGGAGGUCUAGUUCUCAGUACCCAAUUCUGGGAUACGUAUACUGGGUACGAAUCGGAGGGACAAUUGUUACCCAAGAAUUCUUGGACGUUGCAUGGACUUUGGCCCGAUUUCUGCAAUGGAAGUUAUACUCAGUAUUGCGAUUUGAGCCGUCAAUAUGACCCGGUUCCAUCUCCUAAUACUACAACCGGAACGGCAAGUGGAACACCUGUGCCUCCUUACACCGGAAAGCCCAUCUCGGAAAUAAUCAAGAGCUAUGGAAAAUAUGAUCUCCUCGCCUAUAUGAACAACUACUGGAUUGCUCAAAACCAACCCAACUGGUACCUCUGGGCGCACGAAUUUUCCAAACACGCCACCUGCUUCUCCACCUUCGAUACUGCCUGCUACGGACCAACCUACAACUCCACCCCCUUCUCCGACUUAAUAUCUUUCUAUACCACCGCUCUCUCCUACUUUUCCACCCUCCCAACUUAUGAUUUCCUGAGCAAACACCAUAUAGUUCCUUCUAAUACAACUACGUAUACGCUUUCCUCGCUGCAAUCGGCGUUGAAGAAGGAGACCGGUGCCGUGCCGUAUAUUGGAUGUUCGGGACCGAGAUAUAAUGCUACGCAGCAGGGGAAGGGAAGCUUGGACAAUGGAUAUACGGUUUUCAGUGAGGUGUGGUAUUACUUCCAUGUGCUUGGAAGAGUGCAGGAUGGGAAGAAGACACCUGUGGGAGCGGAUGUCAAUGGGGGUAGCAUAAGCAGUUGUGCGACUACGAAGGGAGCAGUGAAAUAUUUUGAACGAAGUGCGGGGUCUGUAAGACGGGAAAGUGGUGCUUAUGAGUUGGAGGGUGUUUUGGGCUCAUGA